AUGUCCCAGACCAAGGCACUGAAGGUCCGUGUGACCCUCUUCUUCAUCCUGGUGGGCAUCGUGCUGGCCCUGGCGGCUGUGGUGACCGACCACUGGGCCGUGCUGAGCCCCCGGGUGGAGCACCACCACACCACCUGCGAGGCGGCCCACUUCGGCCUCUGGAGGAUCUGCAUCAAGCGCAUCGCCGUGCACAGCAGCGAGGACAAGAGCUGCGGACCCAUCACCCUGCCCGGGGAGAAAAACUGUUCGUACUUCAGGCAUUUUAACCCAGGUGAGAGCUCGGAGAUCUUCGAAGUCACCACACAGAAAGAGUACAGCAUCUCGGCAGCGGCCAUUGCCAUCUUCAGCCUGGGCUUCGUUAUCAUGGGCACCUGCUGCACCCUUCUGUCCUUCCGGAAGAAGCGGGACUACCUGCUGAGGCCCGCGUCCAUGUUCUACGCCUUCGCAGGUCUCUGCAUCUUCGUGGCAGUGGAAGUCAUGCGGCAGUCAGUGAAGCGCAUGAUUGACAGUGAAGAAACCGUCUGGAUCGACUACUAUUACUCCUGGUCCUUCGCCUGUGCCUGUGCCGCCUUCGUCCUCCUCUUCCUCGGCGGCCUCGCCCUCCUGCUCUUCUCCCUGCCCCGAAUGCCCCAGAACCCCUGGGAGUCCUGCAUGGACGCCGAGCCGGAGCACUAGCCCUUCUGGGGCCCCAGCCACCUGCGGGGUCUCCCCUCAAGAAGCUGAGCCCCCAGCCUGGAAAGUUCUGGAGAGGAGAACUUUGCAUCUGCCCUGUGCCCUCCGCGCUGCCCACCCCAGCCCCAGCCUCAGCCGCUUCCCUUCCCUGAGCUCUUCUCUGGGCUAUGCCAGUUUCCUCAGGGAACGGGGCAGGGGGCUCUGAGUCCGGACCUGCCCACGGUCGGGAUGGGGCAGGGCCAGCAGGUGGCCAGGGGUCUGGAGGGGCUUGACCUUUUCCUGCAGCUCAAAGUUGUUCCAACCAUGCCAGUCAUCUUUCCUAAAUUGCCUCCAGUUGCUCGUUAUGAACCGCUUUGGGGCUCCCUGUGCUCCCCGACCAGUUCUGGGUGCUCCCCUGUGUAAAGAGCCAGCCCCUUUCU